AGGACAAAAUAUUGACAUAAUUAUGUGUAUUUAUAGCUACAUGAAAUAUUAGGAUUUCCUAUUACCUAUAAAUAUUGAAAGUUAGCAUCUACCCCAACAUCAUAGAACCACGCGAGACUGCAUAGGUUACUGGUUUCAUCAUCACCAUUUGUUUCGGCUGAUCCAAGCACUAACGUUAGCAACAACUGCCUGGAUAAAAUAAGGCACUAGACACCCGACACAUCCAUCACUUUCUCUGCGGGCUCUAAACGCACUGUGGCUGUGCUGAAUUCUAAGGAGGAGUCCCACUCCCCGGUCCCCCCCUCCACCCCUCUGCUGUCCCCUCUUCACUACCUUCAUGACCAGACUGAGGGAAGAGGAGAGGCUGGUGCUCAGAUGAUCUCGCUCUGGGCUGCCGUAACCAAAUUUGUCCAGACAGGGAAGACAUAAGUAGUGUCUCUGGAGGGCCCUGCCCGGUGUCCCCUCGGCCGCUAGCCUGGCAGAGUGCUCUGUUCUCCCCUUUGAUCCCCCGGCCCAUGAGAUGCCCUCUCCCCCUGACGAUGGAGAGGAUCAAGGACCGUCCCUCAUGAACGGGCCAUCUGCGGGCUCCCACCAGAUCAGUGGGAGAAGGAAGGUCCGCACCAAGAAGAAGGGGACCAUUACGGCCAACGUGGCUGGCACCAAAUAUGAAAUCGUUCGGAUAGCGAUCAAUGAAAUGGCCUUCCUGAAAACCCGAGAUGAGGACGAGACAGCCAACCUCAUCUGGAGCGACUCGGCUGUGCAGCACGAGAAAAUCGCUGAUCUCAGGAACUACCAGAGAAUUAACCAUUUCCCUGGGAUGGGGGAGAUUUGCCGGAAAGACUGUUUGGCAAGGAAUAUGUCCAAAAUGAUCAAGAGCCAGCCUCAGGAGUACGGUUUUAUUCCCAAAACGUGGAUCUUCCCCGCCGAGUACACCCAGUUUCAGAACUACGUGAAGGAGCUGCGGCGGAAACGCAAGCAGAAGACGUUUAUCGUCAAGCCUGCCAACGGAGCCAUGGGUCACGGGAUCUCCUUGAUACGAAACUGUGAGAAGCUACCGGCUCAAGCUCAAGACCACUUCAUAGUGCAGGAGUACCUAGACAAACCGUUCUUAAUGGAGGGCUACAAGUUUGACCUCAGGAUCUACAUCCUUGUAACGUCCUGUGACCCUCUACGCAUCUUCCUCUACAAUGACGGCCUCGUCAGGAUGGGCACAGAGAAAUACCACACGCCCAACGAGGCCAACCUGAGCCAGCUGUACAUGCAUCUAACAAACUACUCCGUCAACAAACACAACGAGAACUUCGAGAGGGACGAGACGGCAGACAAAGGCAGCAAGAGGUCCAUUGGUUGGUUCACUGAGUUCCUGCACAUGAACGAUUACGACGUGGCCAAGUUCUGGGGCGAUGUUUCCGAGCUGGUGGUGAAGACUCUGAUAGUGGCUGAGCCCCACGUCCUCCAUGCCUACCGCAUGUGUCGCCCCGGACAGCCACCAGGGAGCGACAGUGUCUGCUUUGAGGUGCUGGGCUUUGACAUCAUCCUGGACCGCAAGCUCAAACCCUGGCUUCUGGAGAUCAAUCGAGCGCCGAGCUUCGGGACCGAUCAGAAGAUUGAUCACGACGUGAAGAAAGGGGUCUUGCUCAACGCACUGAAACUUCUCAACACCAGAGCGAGCGACAAGAAGCGUAACCUGGCCCAGCAGAAGGCGGAGGCCCAGAGACGGCUCUACGGCCAGGGCUCCAUGAAGAAGCUCUCGGCCGCCUCCUCCGAGGCAGAAAAACAGCGCCACACGCUGGAGCGGAGGAAAGAAGAACUGAAAGAGCAAUUGACUCAGGUCCGCAAGCAGAUCUCCCGGGAGGAACAUGAAAAGAGACAUCUGGGGAACUACAGACGUAUUUACCCCCCAGAUGACAAGCUUCUCCUGGAGAAGUAUGAAAGCCUCCUCUCAGCUGCCUUUCAGACCUUCCUCGCCGGCCGUGCGGCCUCACUUCAAAAGGAAAUGAAUAAUCCUCUGAAACGAAUGAAGGAGGAGGACAUCUUGGACCUACUGGAGCAGUGUGAGCUGGACGACGAGAAGCUCCUGGGGAAAUCGUCACGGCAGAGAGGACCCAAGCCCCUGUCCUCCAUGCCUGAGAGCGCCCAGACGCCGUGCGGCAGGAGACAAAGGGAGUAUGGAGGCGACGGAGGAGACGCCAGCGGCAGCAGCGUCAACAACAGCAGCUCCGAGGAGGGCCCUGAAGAGGAGGAUGACAGGGAGGAUGAGAGGGAAGGAGGGAAGACAAGGGAGAAAAAGAGUGUCUCUUACGACCUGGGAGAGAACAAGUAUAAGUCGUCGCCGGAGCGCUCAGGACGGGUUCACUGGAAACCUCUGAUGAAGCCGGUCAAGGCCGGCCUCUCUGCCUCCUCCUCUCCGACCCUCUCUGGGCCAAUCAGACGCUCCAUCUCCUGCCCGCGUUCUAUAUCCUCCCUGGCCGCCCAGUCACCCACCAAUGAGACGCGAGCCUCGCUGGCCAGGCCCUCCGUUUCUGCGGCGACGGCCCUCGUUAGGCCAAGCUCCGCUUCUCUGCGCUCUCAUUCGCUCAGCCGCAGCGGCUCCACCCACAGGGUGCCGCACAGCAGUAGUCUAGGUACCAUCCACGCUAACAUGGGUGAUCCCGUGCUGAUCCUGAGGAGUAAAGACCAGGAGACAGAGCUGACAAGACAGAGCCUGGCCGCUCUCAGCGCCAUGAGGAUCCGCUUCCCGGGGAAGACUGAGGAGGAGGCCGAGGCUGUUCUGGAUGAGAUACUAGACAACUGGAAGUACCACAAACCCAAAGUGGCCUCUUACUGGCUGGUGAAGUUGGAUUCCACCAAACAAAGGAAGGUUCUGGACAUCGUCCGUACCAACGUACGCUCGGUGCUGCAGCGGCUUUGGAGGGAGCCGGACGUGGACAGUUUACAUUUGUAUCGCCUUUUCAACCGCGUCUUUAACCGACUGCUCUGGAGCCACGGACAGGGCCUGUGGAACUUGUUCUCCAACACUGGCUCGUCGUGGGAGACCAUCUUCAGUAAGAGCAGCGAGGUGGUGUCGCAGCAGGAGCUCCAGUGCUGCCAGAGGCUGGUGCAGCUGUGCAGAGACUGCCUCCUCGUUGUCUACAAAUUUGUCUCCGAGUCCCGGGGCUCGCUCACCGGCCUCAGCCCCGAAUGGGACGACACUAGGUGA